AUGAACAACCAGCUGGACCUCCUGAAGCACCUCUCCUCUCUGGAGUUCCUGCUGCUCAGCAACAACCGCCUGACCGACGGUGCCAUCGCAGGCGCCUUUGACAGCGCCCCCGCUCUCAAGCGCCUCUUCCUGGACGGGAACCUCCUGGCCAGCAUCCCGGCAGGUCUCCCGGUCUGGAGGAGCUGCGUCUGGAGGCUGGAGCUGUGCCACAACCACCUGCGGCAGGUUCCUCGGCAGCUGCCUCCCGGCCUGCGCUCACUGGCGCUCACCCACAACCAGAUCCACAGCGUGUCCCCCGACGCCUUCUGCUGGGGCCAGGUGGCUCUGAGCGGCCUGCUCCAGGUCUGGCUGGAGCACAACCUCAGCCACAUGGGCCGGCUGGACUCCCGGGCCUUCAGGUGCUUGAGGGGCCCGCAGAUCCUGCGCUUCUACUGA